AUGGUGAGUGGGAAAGUCUUGGAAGAGACUUACCGAAAAUGGCUACAGUAUAAAGAGGACUGCGCCAAAAUGAUUGAAGAUGAGCCUCUGCCUCAAGGGGGCUUGUACUGUAACAGGACAUUUGACAGAUAUGCCUGCUGGCCAGAUACCCCUGCUGGCUACAUGGUCAAUAUCUCAUGUCCAUACUACCUUCCCUGGUAUGACAAAGUGUCCAAAGGUGUUGUGAGCAGGCUAUGUGGUUUUAACGGAAAAUGGGUGAAGGAUGGGAGUGGGCAGGUGUGGAGGGACUUGAGCCAGUGUGAAGAGGAAAAAGAAGUGGUUUCUAGUGAGAUUUGGUUCAAGCAGUUGUUGGUGAGCUUCAGGAUGUUGUACACUGUGGGCUAUUCCAUGUCUCUCUCCACACUUUCAAUAGCUCUCAUUAUCCUGUUAAGCAUUAGGAAACUGCACUGCACCAGAAAUUACAUUCAUGCCAACCUCUUCUUAUCUUUUAUCCUGCGAGCUAUGGCUGUUAUUAUAAAGGACACAAUGCUGGAUCGUCACUGGGGGAGAGAAAUCAUACAACAGGUGGACGUGAGCGAAAUGCUCAGCCAUAAGGCUGCUUUUGGCUGUAGGGCAGCACAGGUGAUGAUGCAGUACUGUGUUCUGGCGAAUCACUUUUGGUUUUUUGGAGAAGCGAUUUAUUUGUACUCUGUACUUAUUUCCUCUGUGCUCGUGGACAAAACCAAAUACCUCCCCUACCUCUUUCUCGGUUGGGGAACACCACUUCUGUUUGUGAUUCCCUGGUCUGUGAUGAAGUUACUGAAAGAAAACAAGGAGAUCCUUGGAGUCAUUUUUUCCAAACUAAGAGCCAGCCGUCAAAGAAGAUACCCAGAUUACAAAGUUCGGCUCGCCAAGGCUACUCUUACUCUCAUUCCUCUCUUUGGGAUUCAUGAGGUGAUUUUCUUGUUUGUGACAGAUGAGCAGACAACGGGGGUUCUUCGCUUUACAAAAGUCUUCUUCACUCUCUUCAUAAGUUCGUUCCAGGUUGGUACAAGUGCAAACAGAAAUGAGGAGAAAAUUCUGCACAUGGAAGACAAAGACAGGAACUUUAUGCUGUGGACAGUGACUAGCACCUCUUGA